GAGCUGGCACUGAAGUCUUUGGGAAGUGAGGGGCUGUUUCUCUUUUCUUCUCUGGACACAAACAAUGAUUUGUACCUCAGCCCGGAAGAGUUCAAGCCGAUAGCUGAGAAGCUGACGGGGGUUGCUCCCAUCUCAGAAUUUGAAGAGGAGGAGACGCCUGAUGCAAGCGGGGAGACGUUGUCCAUUGUGGCAAAAUUCCAGCCUUUGGUCAUGGAAACAAUGACGAAGAGCAAAGAUGGUUUCUUGGGAAUUUCUCACGUCGCUCUGUCUGGGCUGAGGAAUUGGACUGCCCCAGCAGCCCCUAUGAGCACAAUGCUUGCCAGGCAGUUCAAAGCCUUUCUUCCUCCAAAGAAUAAACUGGAUCUUGGGGAUCCGUGGUGGAUAAUUCCUAGUGAAUUGAACAUCUUCACUGGCUAUCUUUCCAACAACAGAUUUUACCCUCCACCUCCCAAGGGCAAAGAGAUCAUAAUCCACAAGCUUUUGAGCAUGUUCCACCCACGCCCCUUUGUCAAAACCCGCUUUGCUCCCCAGGGAGCUGUGGCCUGCAUCCAAGCCAUCAGCACCUUCUACUACACCAUAGCAUUCAGGAUCCACGCUGAGUUUCAGCUGAACGAGCCACCAGACUUCCCCUUCUGGUUUUCCCCAGGCCAGUUCACAGGUCACAUCAUCCUCUCCAAGGAUGCUUCCCAUGUGCGAGAGUUUAAGCUCUUUGUCCCUAACAACAGGUCUCUGAACGUCGAUAUGGAGUGGCUGUACGGGGCAAGUGAGAGCAGCAACAUGGAAGUGGAUAUCGGUUACCUGCCUCAGAUGGAGCUGGAAUCAACAGGGCCUUCAGUCCCUUCUGUGAUCCACGACGAGAACGGGAAUGUGAUUGACAGCAGGGAUCCCUCAGGGGAGCCCAUUCAGUUUGUGUUCGAAGAGAUCACCUGGCAGCGGGAAAUCCCCUGGGAGGAGGCAGCCCAGAAGCUGGAAGUGGCCAUGUAUCCAUUUAAGAAGGUCUCCUAUCUUCCCUUCACACAAGCUUUCGAGAGAGCAAAAGCAGAAAAAAAGCUGGUGCACUCGAUCCUGCUGUGGGGUGCCUUGGACGACCAGUCCUGCUGAGGUUCGGGGCGAACUCUCCGGGAGGAGCUGGAAGAGCUGCAGACCAACAGAGAGAAUGAGUUCUACAGCAAGCUGGCUGACCUGCACCUGGAGAAAUACAACUUCCCUGUGGAGAUGAUCAUUUGCCUCCCCAACGGCACAGUGGUUCACCAUAUCAAUGCCAACUACUUCCUGGACAUAACUUCCAUGAAGCCUGAAGAGGUUGAAAGCAGCAUCUUUAGUUUCUCAUCCAAUUUUGAAGACCCUUCAACUGCAACUUACCUCCAGUUCCUGAAGGAAGGACUGCAGAGAGCAAAACCAUACCUGCAGACCUAG